GUCCCCCUUUCCUUUGGUAUUCCUAGCGGAUGUGACGCAGCAGCAGGAGUGUGACCCGAGGAACCUCAAACAUGCGUCAAUCCCGAAAAAAUAAACCACCAAAUAUCGGAUUAUUAUUUUAAACCGUAAUUCAUACUCCAAUUAUGCUAUAAAUUAAGGAUAUAAUAAAUCAGAUAAUCCAGCAGGGACUCAUGUGUUUGUCUUGUGGAGCCCUGUAUAAUCCAGCACCUCUCCAUGGAUUAAGCACGGAGGAAAGCUGAAUCAAAUCAUUCUGCUCGAGGAAGGUUGCGGCAGCGGUUCAACAUGCCCCUUCCGUUCGGAUUAAAACUCAAGAGAACCAGAAGAUACACGGUGUCCAGCAAAAGCUGCCUGGUGACUCGCAUACAGCUGCUCAACGGUGAAUAUGUGGAGUUCACGCUUUCGGUGGAGAGCACGGGCCAGGAAUGUCUCGAGGCAGUUGCGCAGAGACUCGAGUUACGCGAGAUAACGUACUUCAGCCUCUGGUACUACAACAAACAAAACCAGCAGAGAUGGAUUGAUUUGGAGAAGCCGCUGAAGAAACAGCUCGACAAGUACGGGCUGGAGCCCACCGUUUACUUUGGGGUGGUUUUCUACGUGUCGACUGUCACCCAGUUACAACAAGAGAUAACCAGAUAUCAGUAUUAUCUCCAGCUGAAGAAAGACGUUCUGGAGGGGAAGAUCCCAUGCUCCAUUGAGCAAGCCAUCCAUUUGGCAAGCUUGGCUGUGCAAGCUGACCUAGGAGACUUCAACCGAUAUGACUCCCAGGACUUCCUUCAGAAAAUUGUGCUGUUUCCAAUGCCAUGGAUACAGGACGAGAGGGUUGUGGAGGAGGCUACUCAAAAAGUCGCCAUGCUCUAUCAAAACUAUCGAGGUCUUUCUGCACCAGAGGCGGAGUUACUCUACAUGCAGGAGGUGGAGAAGAUGGAGGGGUACGGGGAGGAGAGCGUCCAAGCCAAGGACACUCAGAGCACAGAUGUGAUUAUCGGCUCUUGUCAGGACGGCAUUUUUGUCAAGCACAAAAAUGGGAAAGCACCUCUCAUGUUUCGGUGGAAUGACAUUAAUAAUAUGACUCAUAAUAAGUCCUUCUUUGCCCUGGAGCUCGCCAACAAAGAAGACACAAUCCAGUUCCAGACCGAAGACAUGGAGACGUCCAAAUACGUGUGCAGAAUGUGGUUGGCGCGACACAAGUUUUACAAAGUUAACAACAGCAGUUUAGAGCUGUCUGAUGGCCCGAACUCUGAGGGCUCCCAGAGGUCUCUUCUCUCUCUUUCAUUUCCUCGCUUUCCAACCCUCUCGCGUCCCUCUGUGCCUGCUGACAAGGGACAAACUCAGCCCGCUCCUGUAAACCCAGUGAGGCGACGGUCCUCUACGAGAAUGUCUCUGCCAAAACCGCAACCCUACAUGAUGGCACCUCAGAUGCACUUUAACGGCCAUUACACCGAACCAUACACGUCUUCGCAAGAUAAUCUUUACAUCAACAACCAGAAUGGUUUUUACUACCAUUCCCAAACCAGUCUGGACCACUCUCCGCACGAGUACAACGGAAGGAUCCGUAACGGCAGCGUUUACAGCGCCCAAAGCACCAGCUCCCUCAACAACCCGCAGCAUUACCUACAACCCUCGCCCAUGUCCUCCAACCCGAGCAUCACGGGCAGUGACCUCAUGCGACCAGACUACGUGCCUUCCCACCGCCACAGCGCCCUAAUCCCACCGUCCUACCGCGCCACGCCCGAUUACGAGACCGUCAUGAGGCAGAAGAACCACGGUAUGAUCCCGCCCUCCGAGCGCCAGAGCCACUCCAUGAGGAACCUCAACAUCGGAAACUCGUACGCCUACAGCCGACCGGAUCCGCUCGUUUACAGCCAACCGGAGAUCCGCGAGCACGGAGCGGGCCAGUAUCCGUUCCACCUCAACUACAGCUUCCACAGUCCCUCUCCGUACCCCUAUCCCACCGAGAGACGGCCCGUGGUGGGCGCCGUCAGCGUCCCCGAACUCACUAACGUCCAGCUCCAGCAGGCACAAGAGUACCCGGCGGCCAACAUCAUCCGGAAUCAGGUUUACUGGCCGCCUCCACCGUAUCCAUACCCCCAUCCUCGACCCGCCAACAGCACCCCGGAUCUGUCCCGUCACCUGUACGUCAGCAGCAGUAACCCGGAUCUCAUCACUCGCCGCGUGCAUCACUCAGUGCAGACCUUCCAGGAGGACAGUCUUCCCGUGGCUCACUCGCUGCAGGAGGUGAGCGAGCCGCUCGUCACGCCGCGCCGUCCUCACAUGCACAAGCGCAACUCCAUCGAGAUCGCCGGGCUGGCGUACGGGCUGGAGAACAUGAGGCUCAAGGAGAGGAAGGUUUCCGCAUCAGCGGCCGAGACUCCGCCCCCGGUUGCCCAGGCGAUGACCCCUACGGCAUCUGGCUCCGACAUCAACGUCGUCCUGGAGGUCCCGAAGCCUGAGGACGUGGUCAUCAAGGAGGACGUGUUCUACGGCCACAAAAAAUCCCUGUCCGACGCCACGAUGUUGGUGCACAGCAGCGGCGAGGAAGAAGAGUUUGAAGACGACAGCGGGCGUCACACACCCCAGUCUCAGGACGCUGUGGGCGGUCCUGAGCGUCACAUGACACCGCUGGAGCGGCCCCUCGGAGAGCCGCCCGCUUAUCCGUUCAGCCACGGUAUGGACGCGGUCCCGACGGGCUCUCUCGCGUACCAGGCCCAUCCGAUCAUCCGCAAACCGGAGGAUGUGGGGCAGCUUCCCCCUCUCCGAGAGCCCGGACACAUGAUGCCCUCGGUUUCAGAGGGGGAUCUGAGCGGACAGGGGCGCUUGAGACAGAAGAGAGACCUCUUUAAGAGACCCGUCUCUGACGUCCCACCUGCCAGAAGGAACAUCGAUGGCCUUCCGCCUGCAGGCAUGAAGAAACGCUCGGAGGUCAAGAAGGUGGGACCCCUGAAGCUGGCGGCUCUGAACGGCCUGACUCUGUCCAGAAUGCCACUGCCCGACGAAGGGAAGGACGACCCGGAGAACGCGUCUAAUGAUGAGAGGUGUAAGAUACUGGAGCAGCGAGUGGAGCAGGGGAUGGUGUUCACCGAGUACGAGCAGGUGCACAAGAAGCGGCCCAACUGUGAGUGCACCAUCGCUCAGAUGCCCGAGAACAGCGACAGGAACCGCUUCCAGGAUGUGCUGCCCUACGACGACACGCGUGUGGAGCUGGUGCCCACCAAAGAGAACAACACGGGCUACAUCAACGCCUCACACAUCAGGGUCACGGUCAGAGGUAAAGAGUGGAGUUAUAUCGCAUCUCAGGGUCCGCUUUCCAGCACCUGCCAAGACUUCUGGCAAAUGGUUUGGGAACAAGGAGUUGCCAUCAUCGGCAUGGUCACAGCAGAGGAGGAAGGAGGUCGUGAGAAGAGUUUCCGCUAUUGGCCUCGUCUGGGUUCUCGCCACAACACCGUCACUUACGGACGAUUUAAGAUCACCACACGCUUCCGUACGGACUCGGGGUGCUACGCCACAACGGGCCUGAAGAUCAAACACCUCCUCACCGGACAGGAGCGCACCGUCUGGCACCUGCAGUACACCGACUGGCCCGAUCACGGCUGCCCAGAGGACUUUAAAGGCUUUCUUUCGUACUUGGAGGAGAUCCAGUCCGUGAGGCGACACACAAACAGCUCCAGCGACCCAAAGAACACAAACCUGCCGGUUCUGGUGCACUGCAGUGCCGGGGUGGGACGCACUGGUGUGGUCAUUCUGUCUGAGAUCAUGAUAGCUUGUCUGGAACAUAAUGAGAUGCUGGACGUCCCGACUGUUCUGACUCUGCUGCGACAGCAACGCAUGAUGAUGGUGCAGACGCUCUCACAGUACACCUUCAUCUACAAAGUGCUCAUUCAGUUCCUGAGAAACUCCAGACUGAUCUGAGACCAGCGCUGGCUCGUGUCCCAUGAGCCCUCUCACGACCUCUCAGUCCGCCGGAGCCGCGAGCGAAUCGCAUCGGACCGGCGCCGGCGCGGCUUGGCUUCCUCACAGUAUUAGUGACGGGGCAAGUAUGAAGGACACUGCGCCGCGCUCUCUUUACCCAGUAUUAUUAUUCACAGAUGUCCCUGUGGGCUUGUACACGUGAUCGCGGACGUCAGUCCCAGCACUUUUAUUUGGCUGUACAUAUAGACGCAGCUCUGUUAUUUAAUAUGAUGCGCUGAACUGCAGUGGUUCUUUUAUACCGGGUUCCUCGUGGAUUUUACUAGUUUCCGCAUGAAGGUUUAGCACGCCAAAACGACAAAGACGUGUGUGGAUUUCACUUCAGUAGAAAUGACCGGGUGAAUCUCACGAAAAGCCCCCAAAAAAUAUUAAUAUGAUGGACAGUGUGUUGAAUUUUCAUGAAAAAAAACAAAACAAAAACAAACCCUUGCUUUUCUAUAUGCUAAAUAAAACGGCUCGUUUCUUUUCAUGAGAUUCACCUUGUUGCAUCAUGGGAUAGAUGUUACAGGAGUCCAGUGUUAAAGCUGUUUCUCGAGAUUGAACGCGGCCAAAGACGGGAGGGUUUAUUUUCUGUCCGCAGACGCAACCUAUAAAUGAUUUGCUAUAUGUAUUACAAUUGUAUAUGAAAACUCUCAAAUGUAUUCUACGUAUCAUAAUCAGAAAGACUUUCUCUUUGCAUUUGGGAUAUUUUUGUAUUCGCUCUUUCAGCCACCAGCAUCCAAUAACCCGAAGCACCAAAGAGCGUCACAGAUUAGUGUUAACGGUUUGUGACCUCACUAACUUACACACACCAGCUAUGAUGGUUUACCAAAGAAUUUUCAGUUCAUUUACUUGUCAUCUUAAAGUCUUAAAACACUGUGAAUCCAAGCACAAUGUGCCAUAUCAAAUCAUUUAAUUCACAUUGCAAUCAGGUCUUAUAAUCUUUAAUUAUUAUUAAAGCAACGCUGAUUCAUGCUACUUUCCACCGUAAUGGUGCUGUUACAUACAUUCAAACUAGAUAGUCCAUAGAUUCAUUAUGACAGUCAUUUACAUGUCAGAGAAAAUAUCCAGGUCAUAUUUCACUUCACAAAAAAAAAAAAAAAUGCAAUUUAAAUAAGUGCAAUUGAAAGUAUUUGUUGUGCUGAAUUUAAUUUAUUGUGUCCUGAUGAAUUACUGAAUUCCAGUAACGAGUAAAAUGUGUAAUUAUGAAAGUAUUAGAGAAAGGGUUAAUUG